AUGGGUUCCUUUGGCGAAGUGACCGAGUUUGGCCAUGGCUUCAAAUCGCAUUUUCUGUUUGAUCUCAAAUACACCAAUUUAAAUCAUGGAUCAUUCGGUACCUACUCGCUACCUGUGCGCAAUGCAUUGCGAGGCUAUCAAAAGCUUGCCGAAGCAGCACCCGACAAGUUUCUUCGUUAUCAGUACAUCGACCUUCUCGACAAAGCUCGGGAACGAAUAUCGGUGAUCCUAAAUGUUCCCGUUGACGAAUGCGUCUUUGUACAGAACGCUACCUCUGGUGUCAACACGAUACUCCGCAAUAUUCAAUACAAGGAGAAAGACUGUAUCAUUUACUUCGACACCAUCUAUGGCGCGUGUGAGAAGACCCUGGCGUCCAUCAAAGAGACAAAUCCACAAGUUCAACUUCGAAAAGUCGGCCACGGGCAAGAUUUCGCAUAUUCGCUACCGUGUACGCACUCUGAGAUCCUCAAUGCACUCUCACAGACGAUUUCUCGUGUCCUAUACGACGGCUUGACGCCAAAAGUCUGCGUCUUCGAAACCAUCGUCUCAUUACCGGGAGUUCGAUUCCCCUUUGAGAGGAUUACCAAGAUGUGUAAAGAAUAUGGCAUUCUCAGUCUGGUCGAUGGCGCACAUGGUGUGGGGCAGAUUCCAUUGAAUCUUGCACUGCUGGACGCCGACUUUUUUGUCAGCAAUUGCCAUAAAUGGCUAUAUACUCCACGAGGCUGUGCAGUGCUCCAUGUACCAAAACGGAAUCAACAUCUCAUCCGGACGACAUAUCCCACUUCACAUGGCUAUUCCCCAUUAGAUGACGAUCUCCCCAUCCGUCGAGUACUUCCAGUAACAGACAAGUCCCCUUUUGUAAAUCUGUUUCAAUUCGUCGCUACAGCUGACAAUUCACCCUUUUACUGCGUCCCGGCGGCGCUGAAUUUCCGCCAGAACUUGUGUGGUGGUGAGGAGGCUAUAUAUAAUUACAUCCGGGAUAUUGCGCAGCGAGGCGCCGAUCUCCUGGCCAUGCUGCUGGGAACCGAGGUCAUGGACGACCUGGACGCAGGAUUCGGGCUAAAAACCAUGGGGAGCUACGAAGCUACAGACCGGCGAGGCGGUGGACACCAUGGCUGGUCUGGCGGUCUGCGGGACUGUGCCAUGUCCAAUGUUCUCCUUCCCGUGACCAUUGUCGGUGCAACCACGCGUGGAAGUAUCAGUAUGGGACCGGGUGGGUCAGGAAGUGCAGGUGGUCUCUCACCGGCUCUCCGACAAAGCUCCUACGGAUUCCCGAGUUCAGCGGCAAGCGCUCGACUACCAUCGGGUUCAUCAUUCCUUGAGCCCGUACCACGAUCGUCAUCGCCUCUCAACUCACCGAGUCUGACCUCCGCAGGUCCAAUCAUUAUCCAACAUACGGAUGUCAUGCAGCACGUUGACUGGAUGCAAAAGACGCUGGUGGACGAAUUUCAUACAUUUGUUGCAAUCUACCCCUACGACGGCAAACUGUGGACCCGAAUUUCUGGCCAGAUCUACCUAGAGCUCAAGGACUUUGAGUGGCUAGGCGGAGUGCUCAAAGGGCUUCUCGAAAGGGUCCGAGCAGGGGAGAGUUUGCGGGGAAAGUCUCCACAACCGGGGUUGGAUGCUGAUUUUGAGAAUUUCCGGAUAACACCGACACCGUCGCGGCAAGGAACUGGAAUAUCGGUGAGGAGGUUCGAUAUCACUCAGGGGGGUUGGGUUGACUCAUAA